CGGAGAACCCCCAGCGCCCCCGGGCCCCGACACGGACACUUUCCCCCCACCCCAACAGCCAGCCAGCCAGCCGUCCGUCCAGCCAUCGAAAAGGCCAAGCCAGGGCCAUGGCCCAUUCGGCUCAGCUCAACAUCCUGGAGCAGAACUGCCCCAUCCAUGUGGAGCACGAUCGGAAACGGAGGCAGUUCACAGUCAGGCUGAACGGUUGUCAUGACCGGGCGGUCCUGCUCUAUGAGUACGUGGGGAAGAGGAUCGUGGACCUGCAGCACACGGAGGUCCCCGAUGCCUCGGGGAGAGGGAUAGCCAAGCACCUGGCUAAGCCCUAG